UGGCCUGCAGCAACCGUACCAGCGGCAUCAGCAUGGGCUACGACCAGCGCCACGGCAGCCCCCUGCCCGCCGGGCCAUGCCUGUUUGGCCCACCUCUGGCCGGGGUUCCGGCGGGCUAUUCCUCUGGAGGGGUGCCGUCCGCCUACCCCGAGCUCCACGCUGCCCUGGACCGACUGUGCGCUCAUCGGCCCGCGGGGUUCGGCUGCCAGGAAAGCCGCCACUCGUAUCCCCCAGCUCUGGGCAGCCCGGGAGCUCUAGCUGGGGCCGGAGUGGGAGCGGCAGGGCCCUUGGAGAGACGAGGGGCGCAACCCGGACGACACUCGGUGACUGGCUAUGGGGACUGCGCCGCGGGCGCCCGAUACCAAGAUGAACUAACAGCGUUGCUGCGCCUGACGGUGGGCACAGGUGGGCGAGAAGCCGGCGCCCACGGGGAACCCUCGGGGAUUGAGCCGUCAGGUCUCGAGGAGCCGCCAGGUGCGUUCGUUCCAGAGGCCGCCCGGGCCCGGAUGCGGGAGCCGGAGUCCAGAGAGGACUACUUUGGCACCUGUAUCAAGUGCAACAAAGGCAUCUAUGGGCAGAGCAACGCCUGCCAGGCCCUGGACAGCCUCUACCAUACCCAGUGCUUUGUCUGCUGCUCCUGUGGGCGAACUUUGCGCUGCAAGGCUUUCUACAGCGUCAACGGUUCUGUGUACUGUGAGGAAGAUUAUCUGUUUUCAGGGUUUCAGGAGGCAGCUGAGAAAUGCUGUGUCUGUGGUCACUUGAUUUUGGAGAAGAUCCUCCAGGCAAUGGGAAAGUCCUAUCACCCAGGCUGCUUCCGAUGCAUCGUUUGCAACAAGUGCCUGGACGGCAUCCCCUUCACUGUGGACUUCUCCAACCAGGUGUACUGUGUCACCGACUACCACAAGAAUUACGCUCCUAAGUGUGCGGCCUGUGGCCAACCCAUCCUCCCCUCAGAGGGCUGUGAGGACAUUGUGAGGGUGAUAUCCAUGGACCGAGAUUAUCACUUUGAGUGCUACCACUGCGAGGACUGCCGGAUGCAGCUGAGUGACGAGGAAGGCUGCUGCUGCUUCCCUCUGGAUGGGCACUUGCUCUGCCACGGCUGUCACAUGCAGCGGCUCAAUGCCCGACAGCCCCCUGCCAAUUAUUGGGUUGGCCAAAAAGUUCCUUCGGUUUUUAAGUAAAAAUAAAAGACACAUUUUUCAUUUUCACCAAGAACUUUAUUGGACAGUGUAAUCACUGUUUUGUUCCACUACCUUCUACCAUUUUUCAGGCAACUUCAUAAUUCCAUCUUCCCAAAACUUUUUAUCUUUUUGAGCAAAGAACCGUUCCAGGUGCCUUUUACAGUCUUCCAGGGAAUUGAAAUUGUUUCCAUUAAGAGAAUUUUGUAAAGACCGAAAUAAAUGGAAAUUUAAAGGUGCAUUGUCUGGUGAAUACAGCGGAUGAAUCAGAACUUCCCAGUCAAGCUGUAACAGUUUUUGCCAGGUCAUCGAAGAAACACGCGGUCUUGCGUUCUCCUGAUGGACGAUUAUGCAUUUUCUGUUGACUGAUUCCGGAUGCUUUUCAUCGAGUGCUGCUUUCAGUUGGUCUAAUUGGGAGCAGUACUUGUUGGAAUUUAUCAUUUGGUUUUCUGGAAGGAGCUCGUAGUAAAGGACUUCCAAUCCCACUAUAUACACAACAUCACCUUCUUUGGAUGAAGAUCGGCCUUUGGUGUGGUUGGUGAUGUUCAUUUUGCUUGCCCCACGGUCUCUUCCAUUCCACACUAUUGUACAGUAUCCACUUUUCAUCACCCGUCACAAUUUGUUUUAAAAACGGAACGUUUUCGUUACAUUUCAGUGGAGAAUCACCUGCAGAAAUAUGUUCAAGAACAUUUUUUUUUCGCUUAACUUAGGUGGAACCCAAACAUCAAAGCGAUUAACAUAACCAAGCUGGUGCAAAUGAUUUUCAGCGCUUGCUCUGGAUAUUUUGAGGAUGUCAGCUGUCUCCCUCGUUGAUUGUUCUCAGUUAAUGUCUUGAUUUGAUUGCUAUCAACUUCAACUGGUCUACCCAACCGUGGAGCAUCGUCCAGCGAGAAAUCUCCAGCACGGAACUUCGCAAACCACUUUUGACACGUUCGAUCAGUCACAGCACCUUCUCCAUACACUGCACAAAUCUUUUUUUGCGUUUCAGUUGUGUUUUUACCUUCCUUGAAAUAAUAAAGCAUAAUAUGCCGAAAAUGUUCCUUUUCUCUUCCAUCUUCAAUAUUAAAGUGGCUACACAAAAAUA